AUGGGUCACCUGCUCUUCGCCUUACUCGGUCUGCUUCUGCUCGGCUCACUUCUUUCUUUGACUCUGCUAUACCUACGCCGCAAGCGGAUAGCAAGAGAGCAAGCCUUAUUACCAGCGUACCAUCAGCCUGGACAUUCGCAUCAUCGCUCUCCAUCAAUAAGCAGCUUCACCACUCACGGCAAGAACGAAUCGAUCUUUGUCUACGACGAGAAGAUGAAUCUCAUCCACAAUUCAUCGAGUCCACCGUCGAGCGUUGUUCCUGAGAUCCAUAUUACCUUCCCUGACGAAGAGAGCAACACCGGUGGUAACCAACAAGGUCGUGUGGUUGUGGUGCACAUCACAGAGUCUGGAAGCGUUGGAAUGGAACCUCUCCACCGUGAACCGCUUCCUCCCUACCAGAAAGAGGACGCCGAACGGUUUCAAUCGCUGGAUCUCGAGAGGAUAGGUGGGCUCAAGGAAAGGGGGGCCUCGAGCGAACGAUGGACAUAG